AUGGAUGAGACCGCAUCAGGUAACCGGAUUGUAGGAGGACGUGAUGCUCCACCUGGAGCAUGGCCAUGGCAAGUUAGUCUUCAAGUUUACCGCUUUGGUGUAGGAUACCAUCAUAUUUGUGGUGGAGUAGUAAUUAGUAACAACUCAUUGCUGACAGCAGCACACUGCAUUAGAAAAUGGAAGAAUCCAGAGUUUUGGAGAGCUGUACUUGGCUUACAUCAUCUUUAUCAUCAUCAGUAUUACACUAGAGAGAGACAAGUCAAAGCAAUUAUAAUUCAUUCUCAUUUCAAGAAGGAAACGUAUGAAAAUGAUAUUGCAUUAUUCAAAUUACAAAAACCUAUCACAUUUAAUGAUUAUAUCCAACCUAUCUGCUUACUUCCAAGUCCUCUUUUUCUAGGUAAUGAUACUCUAUGUUAUAUAACAGGAUGGGGAAGUGCACAUGAGAAAGGUGGAAAAAAAAAUAUAUUGCAAGAAGCACAGGUUGAUAUUAUUCCACAAAAUAUCUGUAACAGAUAUGAUUGGUAUGGUGGAGUUGUAACAACGAAUAUGUUUUGUGCUGGCUCUGAAAAUGGAGCUGUGGAUAGCUGUCAGGGCGACAGUGGCGGACCAUUGAUGUGUUAUAUCCGAGAUGUCACACAAUAUUAUCUGGUAGGAAUAACCAGCUUUGGCCGUGGUUGUGGCCGACCACAAAAUCCAGGGAUCUAUGUACGUCUAGUUAAUUACAGUAAUUGGUUGAAAACUCUUUUACAAAGCAGAACUACUACUAUGAACAUUCAUAAUGUUUUAAUAUUGUUGAUAAUAAGCCAGCGGUUAUUUCAGUCGGGUGGGUUCAGCGACCGCUUGGAAGGAAAAUCCCCACCUUCUCCCGCUCGGUGGCCGUGCCUCGAUUUGCGCCGGAGCAGCGACUUAGCGAAGCGACUUCCCGCGAGGAGUGUCUUGGCUCUCCUGUCAGCGGCCCUCGCCUCAAGUAAAACGCGUGCGAAGUUGGGCGCCAUUUUUCUCCCUGGAUGGACUAUGAGCCGCAACUUUUGCCCCACCGCCUUUUCCUUCUGGGCUUCGCUUUUGUUGUUCAGGGAAGUCGCGCCCAAAGCCCUGUCCUCCCAGAAUCUUUCUGACGUAUGUGGAACAAGGCCUCUUAUGAAAAAUACAGCAACAGGAACUCGAAUUGUAGGUGGACAUGAUGCUAUGCUAGGAGCAUGGCCUUGGCAAGUUAGUCUUCAAGUUUAUGCAAUUGGUCUAGGAUAUGUCCAUAUAUGUGGUGGAUCUUUAAUUAAUAAAAUCAUAGUGUUGACAGCAGCACACUGCAUUAAAAUGUCAGAGAACCCAGCCAUUUGGAGGGCUGUAAUUGGCUUGCAUAAUCUUAAUGAAGAUAACUCUCAUACAAUAAAACGUCGGAUUAAAGCUAUCAAUAUACAUCCUAAUUAUAUGGCAGACACACAUGACAAUGAUAUUGCAUUGAUAAUAUUAGUCAGAUCUAUCAAAUUCAAUGACUAUGUUCACCCGAUCUGCUUACCUGCCACAAAUCUUUUGAAAAAUCAACAGUAUCCCUGUUACAUAUCUGGAUGGGGUAAAACAAAAGAAAAAGGUGAAAACAACUUAAUAUUGCAAGAAGCUCAAGUAGAUAUUAUUCCACAGAAAAUGUGCAAUAAACUCAGCUGGUAUGGUGGAACAAUUACAUUGAAUAUGAUCUGUGCUGGCUUUCUAGAUGGAGGUGUUGAUAGCUGCCAGGGAGACAGUGGUGGUCCUCUGACAUGCUACCUUCCAACCACUACAAAGUUUUAUUUGAUAGGAAUUACCAGCUUUGGCUAUGGUUGUGGUCGUCCAAGAUAUCCAGGAGUUUAUGUUAGGACAAUUAAUUAUCUAAAUUGGAUAAACAAGUAUUUAAAGAAUAUUGUGACAAAUUUAAGUCACUCGUUGCUGUAUCAUGAAGUGGCAUGUUUCCCUCAAGCGAACAACACCGAUGGGCAGCUCUCAACGAUGGUUUAA